CGUGCGCAGGCGGGGCCGGCCGGGCCGGCGCGCGGCGAGGGGCGCAUGGCUCUGCUGUACCGCGCCACGCGGCUCAAGGACCGCGCCGACACGCACGUCUUCACGUUCGUGGUGACGCGCUCGGCCACGCGAGAGCCUGACCGCGACGUCACCUCCAAGGACUUCUGCUGCGCGCACCAACGCUGGGCCGUCGCUUUCAGUCGCACGGACGCUUCUCUUGGUGUUUAUCUAGUAUGGCGAGGAGCAUGCGAUGGCAUGCGAGUUUACGUCGAUUUUACUUUCACUCUGCUCAGUCGGGAUCACUUCACUGCAAAUGAGGGCUUCUCCGGCAAGCAGGUGCGGUUCAGUGCAGGAUGCGCGGCGCAGGGCAGAGGCCGCUGCGUGUCCCUCACCGAGCUCAACGCCAAGUUCGCGGACGGCCGCGGAGAGUUUCAGCUGGAAUUGAGCAUGUCACGCGUGCGCACCAUAUACUCCUGCGAGUUACGAGCCCCGCGACUCGAUACUCCACCUAUCGCAUUUGCUGGCUUCGAUUGGCAAGUGUCGGCAACAGGCGGGAACAAAGAGCCCUUGACACUGCGGCUAGUACGACUUUCUGGUGAGGGGCAACGAUGCCGAGUUCGAUACGCACUUGCAUUAGGCGAAGGCGAGAGACGUCUUCACUCGGGACCUUUGGAAUGCGUGUGCGAUUCAGAAGGCCGAACACCACCUUGGAAUCCACGGCCACCCUCUCGGCUUCUGCAUAAGGGUGUCCGGCUCACGGUAGAACUGUUGUGGGCGCGGGCCGUCGCCGAGCUGGCGGUACCGGCAUCAGGACGCGCGUCCACGUGCUACGAUCGCGACAAGCAGGCGUGGGCGGUGCGCUGCGACAUGCACUCGGAGACGGUUCGUUUGCACAUGCUAUACCGUGACGUGCAUCACGUACCACGAAAUCAUUUGCGCUACGUGAGCUGGUCGGCAUGGCUCGUGAGAGCAUCUCCAGCGCCCUCUGAGCCCGACGCCGACGAACUGCCAGGAGCACCCUUUGAGAACUAUUACGCGCAGGAUAACGCUGAUGAGGGACUCAUGAUGGAGACGUCACUGCGAGUCGAAGAUGUCUCCCGGCCUGGGUGUGCCUUCUUGCACCCGGGCGGCGAGCUUCGUGUCCGUCUCGAAUGGGGGGACACUUAUUUACUCUUUCAGGCGACCUAUCACGUCUAUGAUGAUUUAUGUCGUUUACACGCGCAUCAAAUGAGACGCGAGAUCGCGGCGUUGCAAGCGGAGAACUAUUCUCUGGAGCGGCAGCUCUUCAGCUAUCAGAAGAGCCUGGCGUACGCACAGGCACAGGCGGGGGAGCCGGCAGCGACGGGCACGGGUGGGCGCCGCUCGCCAGCUGAGCGUUCGCUCUCCACUGAUACGGAGUACGCGUGAACGGGCCACGUCGAAGCCCGUUUUCUACUCUUCUAUCCUUUCGACUGAUUCUGACGUUUUUGAGCGAUUUAUCUAUUUUUCUAGACGUUUUAUGGCGAGGUGCGCCUCGUCCGCACCGCUUCUCGCCGGUCGCCUGCACUCUCGCCGCUCGUACCUAUCGAUAGCCGAUUAUUAUACUCGACUACUUUUCUAUUUAUCUGUACAUAAAAUAUAUUUAGAUAUUAUAUAUUAUGUAUAUUUCUUAAACUUGAGACUCGAAUUCAUAUACUGCAACAGUCGAUUUACGAAUAAAAAUCCGUAAAAUUUAUGCAAAUAGCGUGUAUUUAUUUAUAAUCCAUAUCCAUUUAUAGUCUUAAAUGAAAUGUUCUUUGGUAUUAUACUUUGCAUCUUGGUAAUUAUUAUAGUUUUCUGAUAUUAGUUAGAUAUUUCAAGAAUUAUUUAUUACACAUAAAAAUAAUUUAUUCAACUUAUCCAGUCAUUUUCUAACCUAUUAUAUUGUGUUUGUUUCCAAUCGAAAUAAAUUAUAGAGAUUUA